UUGCCUGUGCUCGCUCCGACCGUGUUGUCUAGCCAUAAGAAAUGUCAGGCUACUCGCAGCCCGGUGUCAAGAGGCAGAAAGUCAGAGAAAUUAAAGACGUGGACUAUUUGCAAGGAAUAGAGAAGAUAGAGUAUAACAACAUGGCGGCGACCACAGACACGAGCGUAUAUCGCUACUACAGCGGCAGCGAGCGGGUCCACGCGCGAGCGAUGGAAGACUGGCUCAAGUGCAGCAUCUCGCUCACCGAGUUCAGGAUGAACGGUAACGAUAAGACCCGCACUUGGGACGACCACACCAACACCCUCGAGAACCGCAAGCGCUGCGUCAAAGCCCUAUUUGAGCUGUUAUCCAAGCUGGGCCUGAAGUACUGGACGGGUCUGGACUCGGAUCUGGUGGAGUGGGAGGAUCGGGCGCAGUGGGACGAGAUGGUCGAGUUUGUGAAUGAGUUGGCUGCGAGAUACCAUGUGAGGCUGCUGUGGUUGGCGCCGGAUUUGCAUACUAAUGCGAGAUACACAUCCGGAGCUUUAACCAGCCCAGACGCGUCCACGUUCAUCCACGCCGCCUCCCAAAUAAAGCGCUGCCUCGAGAUGUCGCAACGACUCAACGCCGAGAAUUUCCUCCUCUGGCCUUCCAGGGAAGGUUACGACGCCAUCUUCCAGAGCGAUGUGACGAGGGAAAUCAAGCUGUUCGCAAAGCUGCUUAAGAUGACGGCGGAUUAUAAAGACAGACUGAACUAUAGAUGCCAGUUGCUGAUUAUGCCAUAUUGUAGUGAAGCUAUGAAAAAUAAGAGAGACAGAACACUAAUGAGAGAUGAGAAAGUGCACAACUACAUGUGGGAUGUGACAAGCUGCCUGUACUUCUUGAAGAGCUAUAAUCUGGAAAGAUAUUAUAAGGUGUGCUCGCCGCCCGGACAUCACAUGUAUAUGACUCAUGUGUACAACAUGUUGGGCGGUGUUACCUUAACGAACGAUUUUGAUCCGUUCAACAGCAAAAAACUGACUUUGAUGAUGAAAUCCAUUGUUGACCAGGGCACAGCGCCCCCUGGCGGCAUCAACCUGAAACUCUACCGUCGCACAACAGACCUGAGAGGCAUCGUGACACUCUACAUGAGAUACGUAGAUGCUCUAGCGAGAGCGCUGAGGCUCGCCGCCAACAUCGUUGGAGAGCAGGUUUUCUCUAAACAUGUCCAGCAACGUUACGUUAGUUAUCAUAGCGGGCUGGGCUCUCGACUCGCCAGCGGUGACGUGUCUAUGGAAGAGUGCGAGGAGCAUAAUAAGAAGACUCAAAAUCAGCACGAGCCGACGUCAAAAUGCGAACACUUUGAAGUGGUGUUCCAACGAUACCUCGAUACUUGCGACCACAUCUGAUCACUGUAGAUCGAAAUUAUGUGUAUCCCCAUCUCUCUCACUCCAAUAGAGCAAGAGCGAUAGUGAUGGAGAUAGAUAAUGUAGUAGUGUGUGUUAUGUAGAUUAUUUGGAAUGUUAUCAAAGUUUGGAUA